AUGAUGCCCCCGCCGCGCCUUUCUCUGGACGCCACCCUCUUCGGUCCGGCCGCGCCCCGGACUUUAGGACGGGGGCUCGUUGGCCCCGACUGGCCCGAGGGCGGCGGGGCGCUGGAGCUCUGCUCUGGAGGGCGGGCCUGUCCCGGCGGCCGAGCAUCGGCAACAUCAGACGUUACUGUUGGUGGGAGACGCGGCGGACCGCCUGUCGUCCUCGCCACCCGCGACUCCUGCGGCCCCGGUCAUCUCCCUGCGGCGCGGGCCCCUCGGCCUUCUCCAUACUCGCCUGUGGCGGCUGUCCGCGGGCAGAUCGAGUUGCAGCAACUCGCCCUGCGGGUCUAG